GAGAGAGGGCGCAUGCGCGAGGUUCCCUCAGGCUGUGGAAGCUUACCGAGAGGGGGGCGCGAGAAAGGGAGGGAAUUCGCAUGCGCAAGUACCGUCGCCUGCGGCGCAUGUGCGGUUACGGGUAACGUUCGGAGUUCCUCCGCUAGCCAGAAGUAGAGCUUCCCACCCUACGCAGGGACUCUGCUGCGCAUGCGCAACGUGCAGGGAAAGCGAAAAAGUGCAAGGUGGUUGCUUUGGGCAUUUUAACGCCAAUUGAUUUCGUUGCUUCGAUUGUAAGAAUUCCUCCCCCCCCCACAUUCUUUCGUUUACUGGUUUCAGGAGGAGCAGCCCCCCCCCCCCCAGCCUAAGACUGCAACUGUUAUUAUUUUAAAUGGCUUAAUAGGGUUGUUGUUGUUAUUGCUGUUAUUAAGGAGAGGAAAUGCAAGAUCCUCUACCUCAAAGAACCCUUCAGCGCGUAUUUCGUCAGUGAAGAACGUUGCACACUGCCUGGUUGGCUAAACAAAUAAUGAACAUUGGUGUAUGUUUCAGAAUGGUAAGACAACAUGAAGUACAUCAAUCUUUCAUCGCUGCUGUAUCAUAUUUCUAAGAAUAAAAAUAAGGCCUCUGGCCUGUACAGAGACCCCAAGAGUCUGUAAUGCCAAGUUUUCAAAGCUAAUCUGAACAGUUAAGUAUUAUGUAUCUGUGGUAUGUGUUUUAACGGAGAUCCUUUUUUAUAAAAUGCAGUAGAACCCUGAUUUUAUGAAAACUAGUUGUAUGAACAAUACAUUUAUGAGCCAUCUUACUCAACCAGAUGAGAAAAAAGCACCACGGUACAUAUGCAUGAACUUUAACUUUGUGCAAAGGUCUCAUAGACUUAAAAGUUUUUGCCCCUUGAUCUUCCCGUGGCCCAUACUCCCAAACAUACAGCAUGGAAAGAUUAUGUUUGAGCAACACGCCGUUUUUCACAGUGACCAAGAAACGCAAGCGAACUGUGCUCACUUUCCAAAGCAAAAUAGAGAUUGUGGAAAGGUUGGAGAAAGGCGAAACGGCAACAGUGUUGGCAGAGGAGUUUGGAAUUGGGAAGUCCACGAUUUCACAACUCAAGAAAAACAAAGACACACUCCUGCAUUUUGUCUCAACGAUGGGCAGCGAAAAUGGCAAAAAGAAGCGGAAGACGAUGAAAUGCGCAAAGAACUCAACCUUGGAAGAUGCUCUGUACGCUUGGUUUUCCCACAUGAGGAAUAUUGGCGAGCCAGUCUCAGGCCCACUUCUAUGUGAAAAGGCCUUAGAAAUGAACAAGAAAUUGAAUGGCAACCCUGACUUCAAGGCUAGCUCAGGAUGGCUGGCGCGGUUCAAGUCUCGCCACGGGAUUCACCAUCUUGGUGUUCAUCAUGAGAAGCUUUCUGCUGAUCAGGCAGCCGCUCAAUGCCUCAAAAAAGAAUUUACAGAUUUCAAAACAGAGGAGGACUCUGACGCCGAGAGCAUUUACAACACCGUUGUCGUUCCUGGACCCUCACAUUCGGAAGCUUACAAUGCAUUAGAAAUAGCUCUGCAGUGGCUGGAAGAUCAAGAAGAAAGUGAUGUGGUACAGCUCCUAUUUUUGAAAAGCCUGAGAGAUUUGGCUGCAAAGAAGAUAGCGAAUUCUCUCAAGCAAAAAUAAGAUCAGAACUUUUGGCAGCAAGAAAAGACAAUAAUAAAAACUUGAUUCUUGACAUAGUCCAAUGAUAGAUCUGUUGCUGUUGAUAAUGCACUGUAUGACUGAAAAAUAAAUCAAAAGGCAUUUCAGUUUGUCUUUCUCACUCAAAGCACUGUAGUUGCUGUAAUGCUCAAAAGCAGUUUUCUGAACUUUAUUUUAUGAACUCCUAUCUCCUCAAUUAGUUCAUAAAAUCAGGUUCUACUGUAAAUACUGUAAAUGUGGACACAUGUUCCUGUUAAAAUACAAUGCCCCUGAAAACUAAACAUACAAGGCUCUAUUCCUCUAUUGCCUCUAUUCAAAGCUUGUGGAGGGUCUCUCUCUGGGCCAGAGGUCCAUCUGAUAAUUUAAAGUGGUGUUACUGAGAGCUUGUAGAUAGCUUGAUGAUUUCUUUGGAAAAUGUUAGCCUUUGAGCAAAUGAUUUUAUUUAUAUGCUGGUGUUGGAAAUGAAAGUAGAGCUUCAGAGAUUUGCAAGUGAUUUAAGAAAUGGACCUUAAUGGUUUAAUUUCUUUCUUAAUAGCCGGGCUCUUUGCAGCUAAGAUCCCACCCAUUGGACAUCUGGGGGUGGGGGAGCUUUGGAAACAAAAUGAUACAGUACUGUACAUGCUUUCAAGAUGGGAAGUCAGAAACCAUACACUGAGCUAAUGUUAAUUCAGUUUUCUCUUUUUAGUAGAGUCCAAUGAACUAUGCAACAUGUUCUGUGUGCCCAAAGCAAGUUAAUAACUUUAUUCAGAUACUAAUGAGCUUUGUUCUGGCACAUGCAGCACCUUCUCCUUCUCUGUGUCCCACUAUCAAACCCAGAAGUCUUCAAUUAACCAUAGUUUCCAGUUUUGUCCAAACUAGGAAAUUCUGGUGAGCAAGUAUGGAACAAGCCAAGUUCUUACACCAACUUCAAAUCAUGGUUAGAUUCUGGUUUGUUCUGAACUUUGUAACCACGGUUUCCCAGUUUGAAUGCUAAUAGUGAAUGAAAGUUAAAUGAAGACUUCCUGGCUUAUUGCAGCAUGCAAUUUGUCUUUCUUUCCUUAGUAGUCCAACUUUGUCCUUUUAAACUUAAGAUGCCUUGCAAAUUAUGUUAACAGGAACAUAAUAGAAGUGCAAGCAGUGUACUGUAAAAGUAUGUAAAAUUUUAUUUUUAAACAGCAGUGGGAGAAUGUAAUCUCAAAUUCACUCUUCCAAGAAAUGCCCCAUCAUAAAGUUCUAACUGCAGUUGUUAAACACCCAUGUCAACACUUGGAUGAUCUUACACAGGCAUAGGCAAACUCGACCCUCCAGAUGUUUUGGGACUAAAACUCCCAUCAUUCUUGGCUAACAGGACCAGUGGUCAGGGAUGAUGGGAGUUGUAGUCCAAAAACAUCUGGAGGGCUGAGUUUGCCUAUGCCUGAUCUUACAUCUGUGUUUAAUAAGCCAGAUGAAGGAGCCUUUUGGUUUUGUACACAACUCAUUUGCUCCUCUCUUUGUUGCACACCUGGAUGCAAAGCAAAGAUUGCUAACUCACCAUAGUUUCCUGUUUUGCUGAACCAGGAAAUUAUGGUGGGCAGUUUCUAUACAAGCCAGGAUUCUAAAUCAUCAUUUAUAAAGUUUGUUUUUGAAUCAUGGCUUGUUUCACAGCCAGUAACCAUAAUUUCUUGGUGUGGAUGAAACAGGAAACUCUUGAGACUUUCACACGGCAUUCAGACAUUCUGCAAAGCGAGAUACGACUUUUGUGAGAUGCAACUCCAUGUCUGUUGGUCCUCUUGAAUCCUUAGGGGGAAAAUUGUGCAGAAAGAAAUGUGAUGUUUUAAGGCUGAGCUGCAUUAUACGAUUUCAGAUACUGCAUAAAAUCUGUGUAUCUUCUUCUUCUUCUCCCCCCCCCCCCCGUUACCCGCAACCCU